UAACAGAUGGCGUCACAGACAUUCUCGUAAAUAUGGAGAAACAAUAUCUGUAUUCGGCACCUGCUUAGCUCAGGCCAAUGUUGACAGUUUGAAACCGCGUAGUGUGUUUUGUGCGUGAUUGUGACAUUAAAUUUUGUGAUCAAGUACAUUCUCAGUGCUUGAAGUGCAGUUUAUGUGGCACGUGAAUCUGUAGAAAGCCGCUGUCCAGUUGUGUUGGAUUGUUCGAAGGGGUUUCCGGAAGACAAGUGCGAUCCGAGCUGCGCCGAAUCUCGACAUCCGAGGAGGAUUCGUGAGUCUCGUACUCAUUUGAGCAGUUUCAAAACAAGAAAGAAAAAUAAUGCUCAUGCAUUAAGACAGUGUUGCGGUCUCUUGUUCCGAGGAACUCGUGCUUGACGGCAACACCGAGGUCGUCGGUGCGCCCGGGUGUGAGGACUGAUGUGUGUCUUGUGUUAUCUGCGAGAUAACGCCGGUCGAUAAGCUCGUGAAGUCUCAGCAGCAUCAGUGUGGACAGCAUGGCCACGACGGGUUGGAGACCGUCUGGACCCAGGAGUCCGCGCUUCGGACGCAGCGUGACGCAGUAUGGCCCAACCAUGACGCAGCGUGAGGAUGUCAUCAAGUUCGAACAAGGCCGCAUCAGGGCGCUGCAGGAGGAGCGGCUGGCCAUACAGAAGAAAACAUUCACGAAAUGGAUGAAUUCGUUCCUGCUCAAGGCGCGGAUGGAGGUGGAGGACCUGUUCACGGACUUGGCGGACGGCAAGAAGCUCCUCAAACUCUUGGAGAUCAUCUCCGGGGAGAAACUGGGCAAGCCGAACAACGGCAAGAUGAGGGUGCACAAGGUGGAGAACGUCAACAAGAGCCUCGCGUUCCUCCACACCAAGGUUCGACUGGAAAGUAUUGGUGCAGAAGAUAUUGUUGAUGGGAACCCCCGUCUCAUUCUUGGUCUGAUAUGGACAAUAAUCUUGCGCUUCCAGAUACAGGAGAUCGAGAUCGAUGUGGAUGAGGAGAAUGAGAGCAGUGAGAAGAAGUCCGCGAAGGACGCACUUCUGCUGUGGUGCCAGCGAAAGACGAACGGGUACCCGGGAGUCAGCAUCCAGGACUUUACAGGUUCAUGGCGCAGUGGUCUUGGGUUCAAUGCUCUUAUUCAUUCCCACCGCCCUGACCUCAUCAACUUCAGUGCCCUGCAGCCAUCUCGCCAUAUUGAAAACCUCAACAAUGCCUUUGAUGUUGCCAACAACGAGCUGGGCAUCCCGCGGCUCCUGGAUGCCGAAGAUGUGGACCAGGCCCGGCCGGACGAGAAGUCCAUAAUUACGUACGUGGCUUCCUACUACCACACGUUUGCCAGGAUGAAGAAUGAGAUUAAACAGAGAAAACGAAUGGGAAUUAUCGUGGGGCAGAUGAUGGAUGCAGACAAGAUGAAGGUGCACUACGAGCGCCUGACAACCGAUUUGCUGGAGUGGAUCGGCAAAAAGGUGAUGGAGCUUGAAGACCACAAUUUCCCCAACUCCCUCGAAGGAAUCCAGAAGGAGCUGUUGCUAUUCAAGCAGUACCGCACAGUGGAGAAGCCCCCAAAGUACAAGGAACGCAGUGAGAUCGAGGCACUGUAUUUCCACAUCAACACACAACUCAAGUCUCUGAACCAGCCGGCAUUUGCACCUCAGGAUGGGCAGCUCAUACAUGAUCUGGAGCGCAGCUGGGAGGGACUGGAGCGCGCGGAGCAUCGGCGAGAAGUUGCGCUGCGCCAGGAACUGCUUCGUCAAGAGCGACUCGAGCAGCUCAAUUACAAGUUUGAGAGAAAGAGUGUGCUUCGUGAGGGCUACCUCAAGGAAAUGAUCCAGGUGCUGUCUGAUCCUCGCUAUGGCAGCAACCUCACUCAGGUGGAUGCCACAGUUAAGAAACAUGAAGCCAUCAGUGCUGACAUACUGGCUAGGGAGGAGCGGUUCCAUGACCUGACAAACAUGUCUGAUGAAUUGGUUCGUGAGAACUACCACGGGAAGGAGCGUGUGACACGUCGAGAAGAGGAGGUCCUGCAGCGGUGGCAAGAACUGCUGCUGCUUUUAGACAAACACAAGACCAACCUGACGAUGCUGUGCGGACUGAUGGCCGUGCUGCGAGAGAUAGACACUGUUAUGACCACCAUUGCAGACCUGCAUGGAAACUUCCAGUCAGAGGAUGUAGGUCCACACCUGCUUGCAGUGGAGGACCUGUUGCAGAAGCACAGCCUCGCAGAGCUACAGGUGACUUCCCUGGGGGAGGCGCAGCGUCGGCUUGGACGCCAGGCACAGCAGUAUGUGAGCGGUGGCCAUCGCGAGGCACCACUUUUGGAGCAGCGGCUUGGCCACCUCAUCUCUGCCUAUGACAGCCUGGUUGAAAGUAGUGAGGUCCGGCGGGCCCGGCUGGAGGACGCUCGCAACUUCUUCCAUUUCCUGCAGGACCAUGAGGAAGAGGAAUCCUGGGUUGUGGAGAAGCAGCGCAUCUGCAAGGCAGGUAUCUCGGCCAAGGACCUGCGAGCCGUGCUCAGUCUGCAGCAGAAACACAAGGCUCUGCAGGAUGAGAUGAAGGCAAGACGCCCCAAGUCAGAGCAGCUGUGUGAAGUGGGGCACCAGCUCAUAAGCGACAAGCAUCCUUGCUCACAGGAGAUUCAGUCUCGCAUCGACAGUCUGCAGGAACAGUGGAAUAUGUUGCAGGAAUUGGCAGCACUGCGCAAGAAGCAGCUGGAGGAUGCGGCAGAGGCGUAUCAGUUCUAUACGGAUGCCAAUGAAGCAGAGUCAUGGCUGAAUGAGAAGAUGGCACUUGUUGCGUCAACAGACUACGGUGAAGACGAACCAAGUGCGCAAGCACUGCUGCAGCGUCACCGUGAUCUCCAAGGGGAGUUGAAUGCUUACAGUGGAGACGUAGCUAGCCUCAACAGCCAGGCCGAGAAGCUGGUGCAGGCUGGCAUCUCAACUCUUGAGCUCUGGUCUGAACCGGAGCCAGUACAGGAACUGGAUCAGGAGGUGCGACUGGUGCCUCAGGAUUACUGGGAGGAGGAGCCAGUGGAGCGCAUCGAGCACCGCGUAGUGCUGGAGGAGCGCCAGGUGCCCCAGGUGCGCAGUCUGUACGCUUUCACUGGGCAGGGUAUGACUAUGGCAAAAGGUGAAGUGAUGUUCCUUCUUAACAAGACCAACCCUGAUUGGUGGAAUGUGCGCAAGGCAGAUGGCACUGAUGGCUUUGUGCCUGCCAACUAUGUGCGUGAGAUUGAACCCAAGGUGGUGCAGGUCCAGGUACGUCGCCCGGAGAAGAUCCGCGAGAUGCGGCGCGUCAAGAAGUCGAGGAUGGUGAAGCAAGUCGUUCCCACCCGUAGGGUUCAGCCCAUGAAGUCUGUUGGGCGACCAGAAAAGAGGAAAUCAGAGGAUGAGAACGUUGAAAAGCGACAGAAUAAGAUCAACACUACAUACAACCAACUUCUUGAUCUUGCACAGCGACGCCACGCUCUGCUGGAAGACUCGAUUCAUCUGUAUGGGUUCUACAGAGAGUGUGAUGACUUUGAGAAGUGGAUCAAGGACAAAGAGCGCAUGUUGCGAGCUGACGACUCGACCGAUAAUGUGGAGACUGCGAAGCGCAAGUAUGAGAAAUUCCUGACGGAUCUCUCGGCCAGCGGCAAGCGCAUUGAGGCCCUGGAUGUGGCUGUCGAAGAGUUCGUACGCCAAGGCCAUAGUCAGCUGGACAAAGUGCGUACACGACAGAAGCAAAUCCACCAACUGUGGGAUCACCUCAAUUGGCUCAAGGGGCAAAAGGAGCGCAGCCUUGAGGGGGCUUCCAGUGUGGAGUUGUUCAACCGAACAUGUGAUGAGGCACGGGACUGGAUGCUGGAGAAGAUGACGCAACUGGACACGGCCGAGCUGGGGCCCGACCUCAAGACGGUGCAGGCGCUGCAGAGACGCCAUCAGCACCUGGAGCGGGAGCUGGCCCCUGUGGAAGAGAAAGUGAAGAGAGUGAACCUCUUGGCCAACUCUGUGAAGUCGUCAUAUCCAAAUGAGAGAGCAAAUGUAAAUGCACGCCAGAAGGAAGUACAGGACCUCUGGGAGAAGGUUAAAGCCAAGGCCAUUGAACGCCGUUCUCGCCUGGAGGAUGCUGUGGGCCACCAGAUCUUUAUGAAUAGCUCCAAGAACCUGCUUGGUUGGAUGGCCUCAGUGAAAGAGGCUUUGAAUGCAGAUGAAAGUGCCCGGGAUGUGACAACAGCAGAAAACCUACUCAAGAAACAUCAGGAGCUGGGCGAUGACAUUCGGGCACAUGAAGAUGAGUUCCGGGAGGUGACCGGGCUGGGUAGGCAACUGCUGCAAAGGAACCCGGCCUUAACAGACGUGGCAGAGCGACUUGAGCGGCUGACGGCCGAGGACCAGGCUGUCAUGCGUGGGUUUGGGGAGAAGGGCAACUGGCUACGGCAGUGCCUGGACCUGCAGCUGCUGAACAGGGAGGCAGACCAGAUCGAGGCUUCGACAUCAAGCCACGAGGUCUUUCUAGCCAACGCAGACUUGGGGGGAUCCUUGGAUGAUGUUGAGGCAUUGAUGAAACGACACGAAGACUUCGAGAACACCCUGUUUGCACAAGACGAGCGGCUGAAGGCAUUCAGCGAGCUGGCAGAUAAGCUGAUACAAGCCGGACAUUAUGACAGCAAAUAUAUUGAUGAACGGCGAGACCAGGUGGUGGCACGGCGAGCUGCAGUGAAGGAAGCUGCGGCAGAUCGGCAGGCCGCGCUAGGUGCGUCCCACAGGUUCCAGGACUUCUCAGCAGAAGUGGACGACCUUCGGGGCUGGAUGGCAGACAAGCUGAAGACUGCAAGUGAUGAAUCAUACAGGGAUCUUAGUAACCUGGAGCGCAAGCUGCAGAAGCAUGAGGCCUUUGAACGAGAACUGCACGCCAAUGAGGGACAGCUGCGCACAGUCAACAAGACUGGGCAGGUGCUGCUGUCAGAGGGCAACUACCGGCAGGAAGAUGUCGGGCAGAUGUUGCGAGACCUCAAUAUAACAUGGGAGGAGCUGGUGGCAUUGUCUCGUGACAAGGGCCGACGGCUGCAGCAGGCAGCCGCCCAGCACACUUACAAUCGUACGAUGGAAGACGCGCGUCUGAAGCUGGAGGAGAUGGAAUUUAGCCUUCAGUCACUUGAAGUGGGCACCGACCUGCGGCACUGCAAGGAGCUGCUCAAGAAGCACCAGGUACUGGAGAGUGACAUGAGGCAGUGGGAUCAGAAGGUGAGUGACCUGGUGGGACUGGGCAGGGAGAUGGCACACGAAGGCCACUUUGAUGCAGACAGCAUCUUAAAAGCCAGUCGCAGCUGCCAGGACAAGUUCAGUGCUCUUCGAGAACCGGCCAGCAGGCGGCGCGAGGCGCUGGAGGAGUCUCUACGGUUUCACAAGUUUGUUUUUGAACUGGAUGCAGAGCAGCAGUGGAUCAAGGAGCACCUGCCUCUUGCAGCAUCUGACAAGCUGGGGCAGAACCUGCAUCAAGCACAGUCUCUCCACAAGAAACAUCGUAAACUGGAGGCAGAGAUCACGGGGCACCAGCCCAUGAUCGACCGCGCUCUCGCAUCUGGCCGGGCCCUCAUUGAGCAGGCUCACCCGGAGACCAAGCAGAUUGAAAGCCUGUGCCUGGGACUGGAAGAUGCCUGGCAGGACCUGCAGGAGCAAGCGCAGAAUCGCAGCCGCAAGCUUGACUUGUCCCUCAAGGCACAGCAGUUCUUCUUCGAGGCUGGAGAGGUGGAGAGUUGGCUAAAUGAGAAGAAUGACGUGCUUAGCUCGACAGACUACGGGCGGGACCGAGACGCUGCCACCAAGCUGCUAACCAAACACAAGGCUCUGGAACUGGAGCUGGACACGUACAGUGGAAUUGUGAACGAGAUGGGGCACAGUGCUGGUGCCAUGGUGGCCGCAAAGCACCCCGAUGCACGAGCUGUGGCAGCCAAGCAGCAGUUAAUACAGCAGCAGAUGCGCACAUUGCAGCGCCUUGCGACUUCACGCCAGCAGCGUCUCAUGGAGUCCAUGUAUCGCCACGAAUACUUUCUGGAAUCUGCAGAGCUGGAGCAGUGGAUAAGAGAACAGGUGCAGACCGCCGCGUCCGAGGACUACGGACAGGACUACGAACAUCUCCUGGUGCUCCAGAACAAGUUUGAUGACUUCAAGCAUCGCAUUGAGGCUGGCUCCGAGAGGUUUGCUCAGUGUGAGGAGCUCGCCAUGAAACUGAUAGCCAAUGAGAGCCCUUACUCAGCUGACAUUGAGCGGCGUCAGGAGCAGCUGAGUAACUCGGAAACAGACGGUCCAGGCGACGACCCAGCGCUGCAGGUGGCCCAGCGACAUGAACAGAUACGGGAGUGUUGGCAGCAGCUUCUUGGGCUAAUGGACAACCGUGAACAGCGACUGCAAGCUGCCGGCGAGAUCCACCGCUUCCACCGUGAUGUCGCGGAGGCGCUGUCUCGCAUCCAGGAGAAGGAAGCCGCGCUGCCCGAUGACUUGGGACGUGACCUGAACUCGGUGCUGGCUCUUAUUCGCCGACAUGAGGGCUUUGAGAACGACUUGGUAGCUCUUGAAGCACAGCUGCAGGUGCUGGUCGAAGAUGCGGUGCGGUUGGAAGCUUUAUACCCGGGGCAGAACGCCAGCCACAUAGCACAACAGCAGAACAUCGUUGUAUCCAGUUGGAGCGUGCUUCAGGAGCGUUCGGCAAAUCGUAGGGAGGAGUUGCAUGCUAGCUGUGAGUUACAACGAUUCCUGACUCAGGUGCGUGAUCUGAUGAACUGGGCAGCCGGUCUGCGUGCCACCAUGAUGACGGAGGAGAAAGUGAGAGAUGCGGCCAGCGCCCAAACACUGAAGGCUGAACAUGAGGCUGUGAAGGGCGAGAUCGAAGCUCGGGAAGAGAGCUUCAAGGCGGUGGUGGAGCUCGGGAAGUCGAUGGUGCAGGAGAACCACUACGCUGCCAUGGAGAUUCAGGAGCGCUUUGGUCAGCUCCUGGAUGAGCGCCAGCGCCUGCACACCGCAUGGCAACACAAGAAGGUACACUUGGACCAGCUGAUUGACCUGCACUUCUUCCUACGGGAUGCUAAACAGAUUGACUCGCUCAGCAGUUCGCAGGAGGUAGCUCUGGCAGUCACUGAUGUGGGCAGUUCGGUGGAGGAGGUGGAUGUGGCCGCCAAGAAGCACGAGGCUUUCGAGAAGCUGCUCGCCACGCAAGAGGAGAAAGUGUUGGCACUGCAGGAGCACGGGGACAAGCUCCUGGCACAGAACCACUUUGAGAGCAGUACCAUAGCACGCCGUCUGGGGGAGGUUGUGCAGCGGCGUGCCAGAGUGCACGAGUUGUGUGCCGCUCGCAAGCAGAGACUUGAGGACGCGCUGCACCACGCACAGUUUGUGAGGGAUGUUGCCGAGGCCGAGUCAUGGAUCGAUGAGAAACAGAAGAAGCUGGAGGCUGAGACGAGCAAAGGCGAGGUGAGCAGCAUGGAGGACAAGAUGAAGAAGCUGCAGAAACACCAGGCGUUCCAGGCAGAGCUUGCAGCGCAUGAUGGGCGCAUACAGCACAUCAAAGACAAGGGCGACAUGCUGCUCAUGAAGAAGCACAAGGCGUCACGGGAGGUGCGAACGCAGUUGGAGCAGUUGCUCACUGCCUGGCGCCAGCUGCUGCAGGAGUCUAACAACUAUGGGCGUGGCCUGGAGGAAGCACAGGACAUACUUGAGUUUAACAACCAGGCUGAGAAGGUGGAGGCUUGGAUCAGGGACAAGGAAAUGAUGGUGCAGGCUGGAGACACAGGGCGUGACUAUGAACAUUGUCUGGCUCUACAACGCAAAUUGGAUGAUGUAGGCUCAGACAUGAGGGUGGAUGAUUCUCGUGUCAAAUCCAUCAGGACCUUGGCUGACAAACUGAUCCGCCAGGGACGCUCUGACACGCGGACUGUACAGCAGCGCCGUGACAACCUAAUUGCAAA